GUCAUCAAAAAUUGUCAGAGUGUCAGUGGAUUUUCCGGAAAGUCUGGUAAACGUGGCUCGGGAAAAAUGUGUGAAAGUUGGGAGGUGAAAAAGCAGCUAAUCUGCAGGAAUUUGCAGGAGACACUGGGUGAGGAGAAGCUAGUGUCUAUCCUGAAGGAAGGACGUGAUGUGAAAAUCUACUGGGGAACUGCUACAACUGGAAAACCUCAUGUUGCCUACUUCGUUCCCAUGUCCAAGAUUGCAGACUUCCUAAAAGCAGGAUGUGAAGUAACUGUGCUCUUUGCGGAUCUCCAUGCCUACCUGGACAACAUGAAAGCCCCAUGGGCUCUACUGGAACUCCGAGUGAAGUACUACGAGGCAGCAAUCAAAGCCAUGCUGCAGUCCAUUGGAGUUCCUCUGGAGAAGCUGAGAUUCGUCAAAGGGACGGAUUAUCAGCUGUCCAAGGAGUACACUCUCGAUGUCUACAAGCUGACCUCCGUCGUAACUCAGCACGAUGCCAAGAAAGCCGGAGCAGAGGUCGUAAAGCAAGUGGAAUAUCCUCUUCUCUCUGGCCUUCUCUAUCCCGGACUCCAGGCCCUAGAUGAAGAAUACCUCAAAGUAGACGCCCAAUUCGGUGGAGUGGAUCAACGAAAGAUCUUCACAUUCUCCGAGAAAUACCUCCCUCAGUUGGGCUAUGAGAAACGCAUUCACUUCAUGAAUCCCAUGGUUCCUGGCCUGGCCGGUGGCAAGAUGUCUUCAUCAGAAGAAGACUCCAAAAUCGACCUCAUUGACUCAGCUGCCAAUGUCAAAAAGAAACUCAAAAGAGCUUUCUGUGAGCCAGGAAAUAUCCAGGACAAUGGGCUGCUGUCCUUCGUAAAGCACGUCCUGUUCUCCCUGUUCAAAGAUGACGAGGGUUUCCUGGUGAAGCGAAAGCCAGAAUUUGGAGGGGAUUCCACGUACAUGAAGUACCAGGAACUGGAGGAUGCCUUCGCCAAGGAGGAAGUGCACCCAGGAGAUCUCAAGGAAGCAGUCGAACGAUACAUCAAUCGUCUCCUGGAUCCCAUCAGGAAGAUCUUCGAGAGCCCAGAACUCAAAAAACUGGCUGAGGAGGCCUAUCCGGCUCCUGGGAAGGUUAAGAAUGCCCCCAAAGCCGCAGAAAACGGAGUUGAAGAUGGUCCUCAUCGGCUGGACAUGCGAGUGGGGAAGGUUGUUGAGGUGAAGAAGCAUCCGGACGCCGAUACUCUCUACGUGGAGUCAAUUGACGUUGGGGAAUCUGAGCCACGGACAAUUGUCAGUGGAUUGGCGAAUUUUGUGAAGCUGGAGGACAUGCAGGAUCGCCUGGUGGUGGUUCUGUGCAAUCUCAAGGCGGCUAAGAUGAGAGGAAUUGAGUCUAAGGGGAUGGUUCUGUGCACUUCCAAUGCAGAUCACACGGAAGUGGAACCUCUGUUGGUGCCGGAAGGAAGCAAACCUGGGGAUAGGAUCAGUGUUGAGGGGUACCCAGGGAAGCCGGAUGACCAGCUGAAUCCCAAAAAGAAGGUUUGGGAGAAGCUUCAAGUGGAUCUCAAGACGAAUUCCGCCGGGGAAGCCACUUGGAAGGAGAAUCUCCUUCAAACUCAAAUUGGUUCUGUCACGAGUCGACUCAAAAAUGCUUCAAUUAAGUAAAAUUCAUUUUUCAAAAUUUUCGAAAUAAAAGCCCAAAAAAAUAUGCAUUUAUUUGCUUUUAUUCAUGUUUUGUUGUUUCUCUUUAAAUUACAAAUCAGUUUUCUCUCAUCUUUUUUUUUCUAAACUAACUAAAAUAAAACAAUGAAACGUUUUCUGAUGCAGUGAA